AUGAACUGGAGAGUGGGUGCUCUACGUAUUCGCUCCAAUGCCGGGGUUAUUCAAAGAUGCGGGGUUUUUUCCCAACUGCCUAUUUCCACGUACCGACUGAUCUCCCCCAUUGACCGAAAAACAGCCUGGUUGCGUCGAUGCUCAUCACAAUGGACGUCCAACCCAAGAGUCUUCCCAGUCUUUGACCUCGGGUUGCUAGAUUCAUCUACCAAGAUUGAGGAAGAGCUUGCGGUGGGAUAUGAGCCUAACGAGACAUACACGUAUCCCGCCGAGGAGGAAGAAGCCCUGAACGAUAGGUACCGAAUUAUGCACAAAAUCGGAUAUGGGCCCACAGCAACUGUUUGGUAUGCCGUUGAUCUACUGGAGCCCAGAAUGGUUGUUUUGAAGAUCUAUGUUGUGGACCAUAUGCUCAAGACUUAUGGGCGGUUCCACCCACCAAAAGUAUACCAGCAAAGUGAAUGCCCUCUCCACGAAGUUAGCGAUCGUUUUACCAUCAAGGGUCCUCGUGGUACUCAUAUUUGUGUUGUUCACGAGGCACCCUCACUAGACACAGAACAGAUGCAUGCGGGAGACAAGAUGGAUCUCGAGUCGAUGAGGUCUACAAUGAAACAAAUGCUGAUCAUGAUGGAUUUCCUACAUACUGAUUGUUAUCUAACUGCCCGCAUAAUGCCAAACGAAACGUUCAACGUUGAUUCCAGCGACAGACGAGUUGCUGGACCCAGCAGCGCCGAGAUUAUCACCCCGAUGAUACUCCCAGGGGACGGUGUUCCCCUUCGUCUGAACUUCCCAGACGAUGACAUGUCCGGUAUCGAGGAAAAACAUUGCAGGCCUCCUGAACAGGUCCUGAAAUCGAAAUCGGACCAUAGGGCAGAUAUUUGGGCUACUGCUGUAGUUGCAUGGAAUUACACCAGUUCCCAAGGGCUCAUCGACGGACGAAACUCGGACGGGGCCUUUGAUGACCGGGUCCAUAUCGCAGAGCUGGUUUCUCUACUUGGCCCGCCUCCGCCAGAGUUUCGCGAGAAGAUGCGACUAGGCUCCAUGUUUUGGGACGAAGACGGGAAUUGGACAGGCCAAGCUCCUGUGCCGGAUCGAAGCUUCGAGAGCCUAGCAGCUGGCAAUGUCAACGGGGAGGAUGUGGAAGGCUUCUUGCAGUGGAUGCGAAAAGCGCUACAAUGGGAUCCUGAUCAUCGGCCCACGGCUCUAGGUCUCUUGCGUCAUGAGUGGAUGUCCCGGAAGACGAGGCCUGUGGAGGGAGAGGGUAAGGAUGUGUCCGAUGAGGGUAUCCCAGUCUAG